ACUAGUAAAACACCCUAGUGAGUGUAAUGUCUGAUAAGACGUACGAUGGAUAUCCGUGAGUGUUGAAAACACACAUUUGUGAAUAAUCCUUUUAGUUUAUCAUUUGACAGUAUAUCCGCCCAAUUUAAUUCGGCAUACCAUUUGGCAUUUUUGAUAUUCACUGAUAAGGCUGGUGUGGGUGCUGGCCGCUGUGGAUCAAGAGACAAAUUUCUUUUUCUCCAUUGGAUUUUUUUUUUUUUGCGUGGCUAAAAGUAAGAUGCCCACGGAGACAUAGGCACUGCUCACUGAAUUUUCGGCACGACAGACGAUACACACGUACGAACGUGAAAUUAUUUUUUCAAGGAGGUGAUUUUAUUUUUAUUCGGACUGGUUAAUUGUUGUUGUGCAAGUGGAUUUUUCUCUUUCUCAUUCUGUGGGAGGAUAGAGAUUUUUUUUUUUUGUGAAGGAGGAGACCUGUAAGGGGAUACUCGACUGUGAUACAAGGGUCUUUUUGUCCUUGCCGUUUGAGAGAGAAUUAAAAAAUAAUACAUCAAUAAUGGAAGCUGUUGCUAAACACGACUUUACGGCCACAGCCGAUGAUGAACUCAGUUUUCGUAGGAAUCAAGUACUCAAGAUUCUCAAUAUGGAGGAUGAUAUGAACUGGUACAGAGCAGAAUUGGACUCUCGGGAGGGUUUAAUACCGAGUAACUACAUAGAAAUGAAGAAUCAUGACUGGUAUUAUGGGCGCAUCACAAGGGCAGAUGCUGAGAGACUCUUGUCAAACAAGCACGAGGGUGCCUUUCUCAUCAGAAUCAGUGAGAGUUCCCCCGGUGAUUUCUCUCUAUCUGUCAAAUGUUCUGACGGUGUUCAACACUUUAAAGUAUUACGAGAUGCCCAAGGAAAAUUUUUCCUCUGGGUCGUUAAGUUCAGUAGUCUCAACGAACUAGUUGAGUAUCACCGUACAGCCUCAGUUUCCCGCUCUCAGGAUGUUAAAUUACGCGAUAUGGUACCAGAGGAGUGUUUGGUACAGGCAUUGUACGAUUUCACACCGCAAGAGCCAGGUGAGUUGGAGUUCAGAAGAGGUGAUGUUAUCACUGUGACAGAUCGUACUGAUCAGCACUGGUGGCAUGGGGAAAUUGGUAACAGACGAGGAUUAUUCCCAUCUACCUAUGUUACGCCUUAUCAUUCAUAGACCCCUCUUUACAAGUUCAAAGGACCACGCCAUUACACACCCCCCAAUCAUCACAUGUACAGGAUCAGAAUUGAGAAUCGGAGGAUGCAAUAUUCAGCAUUAUCAUUUGCCAACAAUUCUCAUGCUGUGGGCUACGGGAAACACAUUUUCGUCAUGAUUUGAUUUUCUCGUAAUUCAGUAGCCAUUUAAUUGCCAUGUUCUAUUCAAUCUUCACUGAAUCACUCUGUUGGUAAACAACGAUAUUUCAAGUAACUGUGAAUUUCUUCGAUUGAUUUCUUUGAUUAAUUCUUACCGAGACGCUAGUACAAAAAAUAAACAUUUUUGUAGUCCCACCCGCCCCCUCAAUUGCAGGGAAAUCAUUCUUAUUUCUGAUGAUGAAGUUUUGAUGUAAAUUUUUGUACUUUUGUAGCAAACGGAUAUGAAGCAGAAAAUUGAAUGUUCUAAUUUUAAGAGAAUUCCUACGUCACGUUUUUGACAUUGAAAUCCAAAUGACUUGACGGUGUCAGUAAGGAAAAACUUGAGGUAGAUAACGAUAUUACAUCACUCGUAGCCCACUCUGAAUCAUAAAAGCUAUUAUUUUACUACUUAGGCCAUAUGACAAGAAACAAGUACAUGAUCAACUACUUUAAUGAAACGUGCUAUUCUAAAACGAGGAUAUGAUUUUCGUUAGGUACAAAGGCCUAUUUAUGUCAUUCAAUUUUUAACGAGAACGCAACUGUGUAUGAAAUGCAUGGAGACGUCUCUUUAUUGCAUAUAAUCGUUAAAUUCGGAUUUUAUUAUUUUGACAGCAAAUUAUAAACUAAGUUAUAUCGAGAGUGAAGUAAUCAUGAGUUUCCAGAUUUGCUUUUUCUUCCAACAGUGGAAAACAGAUCGACAUUUGCAUGAAGGAUUUAAUUGUGAGCGAAAGUGUGAACGAGUGUAGAAACUUUGUGAUUGAGAAACUGAAAAGAGUAUAACGAGACAGGGGCCCGGGGUGUGUUGAUAAGUUAUGAAUUGAUAUUGGGCAACAAUAAUUCAUUUGAUAGAAUGUGAGUUAAGUCGAUGCAAUAUAACUUUAUUUCUUCAAUUCUUCAUUGCUCCAAGUCGUGGAUAACUGACGAAUAUUUUUUGUUAUAUUUUUACAUCGCUUUUCUAGAAUCGUUGUAAAAAAA